AUGGCUGCCCUGGGCAUCACGGUGGCCCUGCUGGUGUGGGUGGCCACCCUGCUGCUCAUCUCCAUCUGGAAGCAGAUCUACAGCAGCUGGAACCUGCCCCCUGGUCCUUUCCCACUGCCCAUCAUUGGGAAUCUUUUCCACUUGGACCUCAAGAAUAUUCCCAAGUCCUUCACCAGGCUGGCAGAGCGGUACGGGCCGGUGUUCACCCUGUACCUGGGCUCGCAGCGCGUCGUGGUCAUGCAUGGCUACAAGGCCGUGAAGGAGGUCCUGCUCAACUACAAGAAUGAGUUGUCCGGCAGGGGAGAAAUCGCCGUGUUCCAGGCGCACAAGGACAAUGGAGUUAUUUUCAAUAAUGGACCAAGCUGGAAGGACACCCGGCGGCUCUCCCUGACUAUCCUCCGAGACUAUGGGAUGGGGAAGCAGCGCAACGAGGAGCGGAUCCAGAGGGAAACCCACUUCCUGCUGGAGGCCCUCAGGAAGACCCAGGGCCAGCCCUUCGACCCCACCUUUGUCCUUGGCGGCGGGCCCUUCAACGUCAUCGCCGACAUCCUCUUCCACAAGCACUUUGACUACGAGGACAAGACGUGUCAGAGGCUGAUGCACUUGUUCAACGAGAACUUCUACUUGCUCAGCACCCCCUGGCUCCAGGCUUAUAAUUAUUUUUCAACCUAUCUGCGCUACCUGCCUGGAAGCCAUAGAAAAGUAAUGAAAAAUGUGUCUGAAAUUAAAGAGUUUACUUCAGAAAGAGUGAAGGAGCACCAUAAGUCACUGGACCCCAACUGCCCCCGAGACUUCACCGACAACCUGCUCAUGGAAAUGGAGAAGGAGAAACACAGUGCGGAGCCCCUGUUUACGUUGGAAAACAUCACUGUGACCACGGCUGACAUGUUCUUUGCAGGGACAGAGACCACCAGCACCACGCUGAGAUACGGGCUCCUGAUUCUCUUGAAACACCCGGAGGUUGAAGAGAAACUUCAUAAAGAGAUUGACAGUGUGAUUGGGCCAAGCCGAAUCCCUGCCUUCAAGGACAGACUAGAGAUGCCCUACAUGGAUGCUGUGGUGCAUGAGAUUCAGCGAUUCAUCAACCUCGUGCCCUCCAACCUGCCCCAUGUAGCAACCCAGGACACAGCGUUCAGAGGAUAUGUCAUCCCUAAGGGCACAGUCGUAAUUCCGACACUGGAUUCACUCUUGUAUGACAACCAAGAGUUCCCUGAUGCAGAGAAGUUUAAGCCAGAGCACUUUCUGAACGAAAACGGAAAGUUCAAGUACAGCGACCAUUUCAAGGCAUUUUCCGCAGGAAAGCGCGUGUGCGUCGGAGAAGGCCUGGCUCGCAUGGAGCUGUUUCUGUUCCUGACUGCCAUUCUGCAGCACUUUAACUUGAAGUCUCUGGUUGACCCCAAGGAUAUUGACCUCAGCCCCGUCACGAUUGGGUUUGGCAACAUCCCACCCAAUUACAAGCUCUGCAUCAUUCCCCGCUCGUGAGCGCGAGGGACAGGUGCUCAGAAGACCCCUGGGCCCCUUGAUGCCCUAGGGUUCCUGCCAGCGCCCACUCAGUGCCACCAGGAAGACCCUCCCCUCACGGCUCAGUGAGUCAGGGCUCCACGGGGAUCACUCGGCCGGAGAGGCUGCUUCCCAGAAUCAUUCUUCAGAUAGAAUUUGAAAGCAAAGUCCAAAAAAGAUUGUGUAAAACCAAUUAAACUAACUAAAGAAACUG